AUGGCCGAUGAGAUUGAAGUCAGGAACACCACGUCCGCACACCAAGAGGAAGACAAUCAGGAUGAAUCGCAACAUGACCCGCAAAACGGAUCGCAACCUAUGCUGCCGUUCAACCCAAAUGAAGUACCAGAUAUACCGAUCUACGAACCGCCAUAUGUGCCGCUUCCGACCUUCAAACGCACACAUGACGAGAUGGAGGGACCGGUGGAUGAACUACUGGAGCGGAUGGUGAAAAUGAACGAGGAGAUGAGAAAACGGAGGGUGCUUGUCGAGAUGCAGAAUGUGUACCUUGAAGAUCAGCGGUUGUUUCUUGAAGCUCGGGCGCGAGUUCGUCUUCAAAUAGAAGCUCAGCGUCGCCUUACACGCAGCCUAGAAAUGGCUGCUGUUCAAGAUAAUGCAGAUGGUGCCCCCAAUGGAACCUGCAAUAGAAUGCCCAAUGGUGAGAUCAAUGACGAGAUAACCAUAUUGGGCUCGGCUCGGGCUCUCACAGCGAACCGCGCCGCCAGCCCAAUCGAGUCGGUGGAAGGAAAACCCAUCCGGUCCAAGUCCGCUGCUCCUAUAGCAAGAAAUCGAGUCCUCUCAGUCAGCGAGCAGCGCAUCCGAGCACAGUCGCGUCCCUUCAUUUCGUAUCAAAGCAAGACACAAAAGGCCAUUGAUGAACUGAUUCAGUCGACUUCUAUGGGCGCCGCUACAACAGACCGAGAAAGCGAAUUGCCAGACCUUGGAUCAGGCUCCGAAGACUGUGAAAUGGAGGAUGGUGAUGGCGCCGCCGACGAAAACGAGGGAGAGCCCUCCGCCUCAGCCUCCGCCUCCGAGCAUGAAGAAAAUCCCAGCAACGCUGAUGAAACAGCAGGCAAUGCAAGUCGAAGCAGCCCACCCCCAUCAGAACCACCCAGCCAUGCACCGACAACCCCACGCCGAAUGCUACGCAUGCGCGCAGAACCCAGUCACACACCAACAGGCCCACGGCGGAUGUCACCAGUCCCCCCAGAACCCUGCCUCGCGCCCUGUCGAGCAAAAAACUUCACCGAGGUACGAAAGUUCUUAACUUUCAUGGAGUCCCAUUUCGCCGAACACCCCGCCUACUACAACGAUGACCGAAAAUUAAACGCCGCAAAGCGUUCCCUGGUUCCCCUGUUACAAGCCAAGUGGGUCGCGCAUGCCAGCAAACUCCGCAGAGUGACCUGGUUCGACAUGUGCGUAUUCCUAGCCGGAGUAGGAGGCGAGGGUUGUCCCAGAGACACGGCAGUCAAACUGUACCAUGAAUCAACACAGCGCAAAUACCAGACCGUGACGGAAUUUGCUAUCUGGCUCGAGCAAUAUACGCCUUGUGUUUCAUUUAGAGACCAUGAUCAUUUUCGCCACCUUGUUGAUACUAUCCUCCCGUCUGUUAGGAAUAGGGUGGGCAAGAAGUGGAUGGACUAUGAUGAUAUUUCUUCACUCGUUGCUUUUUUGCAAGAAGUCGAAAAUUCCACGCCUGGUCGUGAAAAGAUAACCAAGAAAAAGUAA